AUGAAACAAUACGACGAAGCGUUAAAACAUUAUAAAAUUGUAUUAGAAAUGGAAGAUCGAACAUUUCCAAUAUUCGUUGCAGUUUGUUGUCUCCAAAUUGGCAGGUUAUUAGAGAAAGUACAAAAGAAUUUCUUUCUAUCCAGAGAAUACUUUGAACGAGCAUUAAGUUUAUUUGAAAACAAAGUAUUUCCACAUGACUACGUUAAUCUAGCAUUAAGUCCCGCUGUUAUUGGUAAUUGUUAUUAUUUCACUGGUAAUGACGAACUAGCAUAUAAAAAUUACUUAAAAGCAUUGAAUAUAUAUGAACAAGCAUUGAUCCUUUACCCUUCGAUAGAGCUGCGACAAAUGUUUGUUGGUUGUCUGUUUAAAAUUGGUACAAUUUACCAAGAAAAACUAGAUAAUUAUACAAAUGCUAAAGAAUGUUUUCAACGUAUCAUCCAAUUUUACUCAACGGAUGAAUGUCCGUUCGAUAGCUAUGGUUUGGCACAUAAAUAUAUUGGACAAAUUAUAUAUGAUAUCGGCAAAAAUUAUAAGCAAGCACUAGAACACUUAUACUUAGCAGCAAAAUUCUAUGAAACAAAGUUUAAAAAUGAUUUAGAAUUAGCCGAAUGUUAUCGUUUUAUUAGUCAGAUUUAUUUGAAACAGGAAAAAUAUCAUCAGGCACUAGAUUAUACGUUGAAAGAACUCAAAUUAUUAUUACAACCAAAAGAGUUAGCAGCAAGUGUAAAGCAAGCGACAACAAAUGAUUUAUCGUUUUUGAAAAAAAAACUGGUCUCUUGCCAAGAGCUAUAA